AUGGUGUCGGCUUUGGCGGCGCCUCCAACGCAGGAUUUUGGCUACGUGUUCUUUGCGGAUGAGUUCAUCUGGAAAGACAACGAUGGCAAGAAUGCGCGAACGGUCAUGGCAGUCCUCAAUUGCGGCUUCCUCCGUUUGCUGGAAUGGCCGUUGAGAUCCGAUCGGUUGAGCCGGCUCGAGAUGACCCACGGCCAGCUCCAGGUCAACCUGGUGGGUAUGAAAAAGCCUUCCUUUGACAUCUAUGAGGAGCCGUGUGUUCUUAUCAAGCGGAUGAAGCCCGGGUUCUUGUAUGGCCAAUCGGAAGUCACGGAACGUUUGUGCGCCACGCGUGACAAGGCACACGCCUUGUACAAUGCACUUCAGCUGCAGCUGCGGCGCUUGGAUGACAUCCAUGCAGCGCAGUGGGGAUAUGGCACCCAUGAUGCCGAAAAGCCGCAGUACGUGCUGCCCCCAGAUACUGUGCAAGCAAACCUUCUGAGCGUCGUCGAUGAGUUCACGUGGGGCAAACUACCAGCCGGUGGGCAGCUGAAAAGCCACCCAGUGCUGCUUCAAACAGCAACAGACUCAGAGGCCAGCUCCUCAGAGGCCCACAGCAAGAGCAGCUCGACGCGCGAGAGCCUCGCCAAACCUCACAAGAUCAGAGCACCUGUCAAGGUGCCGACACGGAAGGGAAGCUUCGAGUCCAAAGCCUGCCGAGCGCAGGAAGAGCUGGACACCAUCCGCUACCCGCCCGAGGACCACGGCAAUGCAUCCAUCCGCAUGGUCGUGCCUGCAACUCCCAUUGGUGAUGUGCACUUCCUCAUUGAGCAGAUUCAAGUUGUGAGCUUCGACGUUGUGGGGAAGCUGGUGCGCAACAGUGACACGACAUUCCUCUUCGAGAUCGAAGGCCGAGAUGGGCCUGGCAUUGUUCACGCCUAUGUCCAAGGAAUCGAUUUCAAAGCACCCGACUCCGCGGUUGAGGGCAUCACCAAGGCAGCGUCUUCCCUCGACAGCUUCUUCCGGCCGGCCCGGGGCCCAGCGGUCACAGACCUUGCCUGGCAGUGGGAACCGGUCUUCACGUUCGGUUACAAGAAGGCCGAUAGCCUCAAAGAGGGGCCUUUGAAGGCCACCUUCAAGAUGAAAGGCGAGUUCAAGCUGAGCGAAGGUGGGCACUGGGAGGUGCUCCCCAAGGCCGUGUCCGACGUGAAGUUUGAGUUCGGCCGCGGGGGUCUCGUUCAAGGCCUCAUCAAUUACCUGGUCGCCGCGUACGGAAACAUGGAUGAGAUCUUCCUCACUUCGUUUUGGCCAGUGCUUGCCAGCAUCAUACCUGAAAGUCUGGGUCAAGCCUUCGUUCAGAUUCCGAUGAGGGUCGGGGAGUUGGCCCACCAGUUCAGCAUCCAGGGCCACUGCCUUGUGCCAGAAUUGCCAGAAGAGAGCAACGAGCGAUGCGAGACUGACCAGGUUCACAUCACUGUGAAAGAUGUUACGACGACAGCCCUUUUGCCCGGACCUGUGACGGAGAAGUUUCUGGCGAGCCACUUGACUUUGAACGGCAUUCCAGGGGCCCAGGCCAGAACUCAGAAGCAAAUCGUGCUUCCCACAAGCUUGGACUUGCGUCCUCAAACACCAUUCUGGCAGCACUUCUAUGAGAAGUGCAGCCCACCCAAACCCUAA